ACGUCAUCGCCGUGACGUCGGACAUUAAGCUGAUCGUUUUUUCCCCAAAAUUCCAACCGGAAUUCGCCUAUAAACUCCCUCCAAUUUCUCUCCGACAGCAGAAUCUUUGUUUUUCGGCGAGAGAAAUUUUGUUCUGGUCAAUUUCCAUGGCGACGACGUCGUCUCGGAGUAUUGAAAUCACCGUAAUCUCAGGGGAGGAUUUAAGAAUCGAUCGGAAAAGUGUGAAGAGGAAGACAUUCGUAACUGUGAAAUUCGAUCGCCAGAGCAUCGGCGGCGGCGGCGGCGGAAGAACGGAAAUUGAUGAGCGAGGCGGAUGUUAUCCGUUCUGGAAUGAGAAAAUGUUGAUGGAGAUUCCGGUGGAUGCAAUGUUCUUGACGAUCGAGGUGCAUUGUGGAUCUAUUUCCAGGAACAGGAUCGUCGGAACGGCGAACGUUCCGGUAUCGGAUUUUCUCGGACGGUAUAGACCGGAAAAUUAUUUGCAUUUACUGAGUUAUCGAUUGAGAGAUCGAUGUGGUGAACGAAAUGGAAUUGUUAACAUUUCGGUGAGAGUUAGGGCACUGGAAUCGGAAUCGGAAUCGGAAACGGAAUCGGAAUCGGAACCGGCGCUAACUUCCAAAGCAAUGGUUGGAGUCCCGGUGGCGGAGACGGCGAGUUCCCGCCGGAUUUGCGGUGGCGUAGUGAUCGGCGUUCCUCUCUGGAGUUCUUACUCUUAAUCUUGAUGGAUUUUCCGAUUAUUUGGGCAUUUUAAGAAAAAAAUAAUAAUUAGGAGAAUGGGAUAUUAAUGGAACUAAUUUCACAAAUGUCCAGAGAUUUAAAUAUUUUAAUUAGGAUAUGUCUUUAAUGUCCUUUUGUCUUUAAAGAAACGAACGGUUACCUAAGGGUUAAAUUGUAAUUAACUAUCCAUUUAAGUCUCAUUUAAUGAUUAUCUAUUUAGUUAUUUGUUUUAUUUUUUAGGAGAUGAUUUGGGCCUUCUUAUUGGGCUUGGGACAUAGUUCUAUGUUAGCCAUAACGACGC